AUGGCUGCAGCAAACGGCACCGCCGACGCCCCCAUCGACAUUUCCGUGAUCCCAACCGUUGUCGGUAUCAACUUUGGCAACUCAUACGCCUCCAUCUCUGAAGGUACCGCGGACUGCAUUGCGAACGAGGAUGGCGAGCGUCAGAUCGCAUGCGCGAUCUCUUUUCAUGGCGAGGAAAUGUAUAUCGGCAAUCAAGCGAAACAUCAACUCGUGAAGAACUCGCAGAACACUAUCACAGGGUUCAGGAAUAUCUUGGGCAAGAAGUUCUCUGAGAUCCCUGCGAACGCGUUGUCGGUCUCUGCUCCGGUUAUCCAGCACCCCGAGCUUCCGGACGUACCUGCAUACAAGGUCAAGGUUCUUCAGGCAUCUCCUUCUCCCCUCCCCACUACUGCGUCCAACACCCCUGCCGCGUCUCAUGCCGCCACUCCCCGCUCGGAACCCGUCGCUGUUGACCGUGUCCUAAGCGUAUCGGAGGUCGCCACAAUCUUCAUCAAGUCGCUCGUCCAGUCCGCGGAGGACUUCCUUGGCAAAAAAGUGCAGGGUGCCGUCAUUACCGUCCCCAGCUGGUUCGAGCAGGUGCAGAAGGACGCGCUCGAGAAGGCCGCCACCGACGCGGGCCUUGUCGUCCUCCAGCUGCUGGAUGAAGCGGGCGCGGCAGCCGUCACUACCACCAGUAGCCCACCGACUGCAGGCCUCAGCGCAGACCGCACUCAGCUCAUCGUCGACCUCGGCGCCUCUGCCCUCGAGCUCUCGCUUCUCUCCAUCCGGCAAGGCCUUGCGUUCUCUCUCGCCACGCUGCGCGACGACACCAUCGGCGGUGACGAGAUCGACAACAAGCUGAUCAAGCACUUCGCGAAGGAGUUCACGAAGAAGACCAAGACGGCGCUGACCGUCUGCCCCGCGUCGGACGCGCAGGAGAAGCGCGCAGAGGCCAAGCUCCGCCUCGCACUCGAGCACACCAAGCGCACGAUCUCCGCAUCCCCGGGCGCCGCGACCUGCUCCGUUGAGUCCCUCAAGGACGGCCUCGACUUCACCGGCACGAUCACCCGCCUCCGCUUCGACAUGGAGGUCCGCACGAUCUACGACCGGGUGUACGCGAAGGUCAAGGAGCUUGUCGCCGCCGCUGGGCUCGAUCUGUACGACGUCGACGAGGUUGUGUACGUCGGCGGCUCAGCGAGCCUCCCCGGGCUCGAUGAGGCGCUCGCGGCCGGACUCCAGGAGGCGGUCGUGACCCCGUUCACGCAGGGCACGGUGGUCGGGGGCGGCGUGGGCGACCCGACGACGAUCCUCGCGCGCGGGUGCGCGAUGCAGGCGAAGAUUCUUGCCGGGCUCGCGGACGGUACGGACGAGGAGCGCGAGGUGAAGGCGUCGUUCACACAUGGGCACCAGUACACCCAGGCGAAGGCGACGGGCAAAACGAUCGGCCUGCUGUUCCCCGAGGACGGUGCGGAGGGCGCGCUUGGCGGGCAGUGGGUCCCUGCGGUGCUCAAGGACACGCCGGUGCCGGCGAGGCGCAUCGUCGCGUUCGAUGUGGACCUCGGCGAGGGCGAGGGCGAGAAGAAGGUCGGGUUCGAGGUGUGGGAGGCGAAGGAGGGCGUGAAGAUCGAGAUGGUCAAGCCUCCGAAGCUUGACGACGAGGAGGCCGGUGAGGACGAGGAAGAGGAGGAAGAGGAGGUGAAGGAGAAGACGGUGGAGAAAGAGAGCUACCUCGCGGCGGUGUCCUUCCCCGCGACGCUCGCGCAGCAGAAGGGUGGGCGAUGGACGACACGACUAGAGGUUACGACGAUAGUGGGUGAGGAUGGCGGGCUGGAGAUCGGCACGUGCGAGGUGGGUUCUUCGGGCAAGGGCGAGAAGACGGUCGUCACUGUUGCCUCUGCGUGA